AUGUCUAAGACAAGUCAGCGAUUAGAGGAGUAUGCAGAUAUUCUCAAGAGAUUAAUUCAAGAUAAUGAAGAAGCGUUGAGAGAGGAAGAAACAGGAUUGUCAGGAUGCUCCCUAAAUGAAGUUGUACAAAUUGGAGAUGAACAGAUUGAAGCUCUUAUAUUAGUGUUGAGGGAAAAUAGUGUAGGAGCAGUAGCUCUUGGAAAUUAUUACAAAAUUGCAGAGGGAAUGACUGUUAUUAAAACAGGCCAGAAGAAUUCAACAGUUUUUCAGACAGCUAAGGAAAUGGAACGUGUAGGUGCUUUGGAAUACACAACUAUGGUUGUAGCUAGUGCGUCUGAUUUUCCCGCCCUUCAGUUUUUAGCUCCGUUAAAUCCAAGAAAUUGCGUAGUUGAAUUAUUUCCUGUUUAUGCUGAGCAAGCGUUAUUGAGAGCAAUUAUUGAAUCUAAAAUAUCGGAACAUGAUCAGCGGAGGGAAGUAAUGACAAAUGCAAUCAAAUCUGCUGAAGAAAAGCUUGCUGAAUACAAUUUGAUAUAUCAAAAACUUUCUCCACUAGCGUCUACUACCUCUUUAAUUAGUUCUGUAAAAAUUCCUGAAUUAGGAUAUAUUUCUCAAAUUGCUGGACCGAUUGUGGAUAUGGUAUUUCCCUUGAGCUCUCAACCCUCAAUUUAUGAAAAAAUAGAAAUUUCUGAAGAUAAAGAAGUUAUAGGAAAUUCUGCAGUAUUUGAAGUUGCUCAAUUGUUAGGUGAUGGGAGAGUUCGGACAAUUGCAUUAACUCAAACGAUAGGACUUCGUAGGGGAAUGAAAGUGAUUAGAACAGGCUCUCCCUUAAAAGUUCCUGUAGGUCUUCAAACAUUAGGACGCAUGUUUAAUGUUAUUGGGGAGACAAUAGAUAACUUACCUCCUCUAGAAGAGGAAGGAUUAGAAAGUAGGUCAAUUCAUGCAAGUCCUCCUAAAUUUGAUCAACAGACAGAAAAUAUUGAAUUAGUUGAAACUGGAAUAAAAAUUAUUGAUUUAUUAAUUCCGUAUGCUAAAGGUGGAAAAAUAGGUCUCUUUGGAGGUGCCGGAGUUGGUAAAACAGUAGUUGUUCAAGAAUUAAUUCACAAUAUUGCAAUCAAACAUGGGGGUCUUUCUAUUUUUGUAGGAGUAGGUGAACGCUCAAGAGAGGGAAAUGAUUUGUACUUUGAGAUGUUGAACAGUGGAGUUUUGAAGAAUACUGUUUUGUUAUUUGGUCAGAUGAAUGAAGUUCCUGGAGCAAGAUUGAGGGUAGCAUUCAGUGGUUUGACAAUGGCUGAAUAUUUUAGAGAUGAUCUUUCAAAGGAUGUCUUAUUGUUUGUUGAUAAUAUUUUUAGAUUUUCUCAAGCAGGAUCAGAAAUUUCUGCAUUAUUAGGACGAACUCCUUCAGCUGUUGGAUAUCAACCUACAUUAGCAUAUGAAAUGGGAAAAUUGCAAGAACGAAUUACAUCUACUAAGCGAGGAUCUAUUACAUCUGUUCAAGCAGUGUAUGUUCCAGCAGAUGACUUGACAGAUCCGGCUCCUGCAGCUAUUUUCGCUCAUCUUGAUGCGAAAAUUGUAUUGGAUAGAAAAAUAGCCUCCUUUGGACUCUACCCAGCAAUCUCUCCGUUGCUUUCUUCUUCAAAUCUUUUAGUCCCUAGAAUAGUAGGAGAAGAACAUUAUGCAAUUGCCUCUGAGGUAGUGAAGGUAUUACAAAAAUAUGAGGAACUGCAGGAUAUAAUAUCCAUUCUUGGAAUUGAUGAGCUUUCUGACGAAGACAAAAAACUAGUAUAUAGAGCUAGAAAAAUUAGAAAUUUCUUCUCUCAACCAUUUUCUGUAGCAGAAAAAUUCACAAAUAUUCCAGGAAAAUAUUUGACGCGACAGGAAACACUAAAAUCUUUCAAAGCAAUAUUAUCCGGAGAGGUAGAUAGCUUACCUGAGGAGGCUUUCUUUUAUGUUGGAGAUAUUGAAGAUGCAAAGAGAAAAGCUGAAGAGAUACAGAGAGACAAGCGAAAAUUAAGCUAA